AUGCCGAGAAACCAGACUGAAACUGAGCUGAAAGCUCCCUCUGAACCAGCUAGCAUUCGCAGACGGAACAGCCCCCUGCACAGGGCAGCAAAGGACCUGGCUCUUGCUGAUAUGCAGAAAGUCUCGCAACCAGCGCAGGACCAAGUCCCAAGCCCGCAGCUCUCAGCCCAGCCCUCCAGACCCUCCCAAGGCCAGCCUCAGACCAGUGGUAAUGGCAACUUCCACAUGUUGGAAGACCAAGUCCUCUGUCCCAUUUGCCUGGAGGUGUUCUGCGACCCGGUCACCACGGCCUGCGGCCACAACUUCUGCAUGGACUGCCUUGAGAGUUUCUGGGACCACCAGGCUGCGGUAGACGAGACUUACUACUGUCCCCAGUGCAGAGAGAGCUUCCCCUCCAGGCCCCGCCUCUGCAAAAAUGUCAUCCUGGGGGAGAUGGUGGCCUGUUUCACCCAGGCCAAGAGCCAGGCCACAGGGUCCUCGUGGAACCUGGCUGGGCCCAGGGACGUGCCCUGCGACUUCUGCGGCCCACAGAAACUGCGCUCUGUCAAGUCGUGCCUGCAGUGCAUGGCUUCCUUGUGCGAGAAGCACCUGUGCAGCCACUUCGAGGACCAGAUGUUCCAGGACCACCAGCUGCUGGAGCCCGUGUGGGAUCUCAAGGCGCGACUGUGCCGCAAGCACCGCAAGCUGCGCCAGCUGUACUGCCGCACGGAAGGCAGCUGCGUGUGCCGAGCCUGCCUGCUGGAGGAGCACAAGGACCACGAUGCGACCCCCGUGCAGGAGGAGCGAGCCCGCAAGGAGGUGGAAGUUCGGAAGAUUCAGGCCAAUAUAGAGAACCAGAUGUUGAUCAUUGCUUCCGACAGCCAGAAGCACCAGGGGCGAGUGGCCUUUCUUUCGAAACUGAUCCAAACAAUGAGAGAAGAGGUGAACACCAGCUUCUCAGAGAUCAUCCAUGAGGUCAAACAGCUGCAGAAGAAGGUGUUGGAUUUUGUGCAGAAAGAGGAGGCAGCUGCCCUGGGGAAGCUGAGAAAUUCCAUCCAGCAGAGCCACAGCAGGCUCCUGAAGCUGGAGGGGGACAGCGUCUGGCUCCACAGCCUGCUCACCAACCGCAGCGACGAGCAAUUCCUACAGGAGUUCCCCAGAUCGAAGCACUUCCCAUCCUCCAAGGAACCUUUGAUGGGCACCAACUGUGAGCAGGCACAGAGUUUCCUCCAGCUGCCAGAGACCCUGGCCCAGCUUCGCACCCGACUGGUGGACAUGGGUCUCAGCUUCACCAACCAGCUCGUCCUGAAGGGCAUCAUAAUGAGUUCCUACGAGGUGCUGCCUCCAGCUGUGGACAGGAAAACACUCCUCCAGGAUUACUGCAACCUGAGCUUCGACGCCUCCACCGCCAGCGAGGAGCUGUUCUUGUUCAAGGAGACCCACUCGGUGCUGAACCUGGGCAUCCUCCUCGAUCCCUCCCCGACCAGCAACCCUUCGCCGGGCUUCAAGCAGUGGCCGCAGGUGCUGUGCAGCCCGGGCCUGUCGCAGGGUCGCCACUACUGGGAGGCCGAGGUGUCCAACUCGUGGAUGUGCCUGGGCGUCACCUACCGCCGCAGCCCCCCGCCGGGCAGCCGCCCGCGCCGCAACAUCGUGCACCUGCUGGGUCGCAACCCCUACUCGUGGUGCCUGGAGUGGGACUCGAUCCAGUUCUCGGUGUGGCACAACAACACGCAGACCGUGCUGCACGGCGCCUACCACCGCACGCUCGGCGUGGCGCUGGACCUGGCCAGCGGCUGCCUGUCCUUCUACGGCGUGGCGGGCGGCCUGAGCCUGCUGUACCGCUUCGUCGCCUCCUUCCUCGAGCCGCUCUACCCCGCCGUCAUGGUGGGCAGCGGCUCCUCGCUCACGCUCAAGCAGCACGCCCGCUCGGGGCCGCCGCCAAUAAAGCCGGACUCUUAA